AAGAUUUUCACCAAGGAAAAAAUGGAAAACCAGUCUACAGUGAAUGAAUUCAUUCUGUUGGCAUUUUCUGACACCAGAGAGCUACAGAUUUUACAUUUUUUGUUGUUUCUGUCCAUUUAUUUGGUAGCAUUCAUGGGAAACAUUCUCAUUAUCCUAACUAUAGCCCAUGAUCAUAAUCUGCAUAGUCCCAUGUAUUUCUUUCUAGUCAAUUUAUCAUUGGUCGAUGCUUGCUAUGUCUCCGUAACUGUUCCUAAAUCUAUGGCUAUAUCAUUGACAAAUGACAGAAGAAUUUCCUUCUCAGGAUGUGUUUCUCAAGUGCUCCUGGUUUUCACAUUUGCAAGUGCUGAGGUGUUCUUUCUUACUGUUAUGGCAUAUGACCGCUAUGUGGCAAUCUGCCUCCCUUUACACUAUAUGAGGAUCAUGAAUUGGAAUGCCUGUCUCCAAUUUGCAGCUGCCUCUUGGAUCAGUGCUAUAGUUUAUGCAAUAGUGGAAACAAUGUCAACAUUCAGGUUAAAUUUUUGCAGUUCUCAUGUUCAACAGUUUUUCUGUGAUGUUCCACAAUUAUGGAGGAUUUCAUGCACAGAUACAAUGCUCAAUGAAUGCCUUGUUCUUGCUGUUGUAAUAACUGCUGGUAUUUGUUGUCUUUCUUUAAUAUUAAUAUCUUAUGGGUACAUCUUCUCGACAGUAUUCAAGAUUAAUUCAUCCCAGGGCAGGCGUAAAGUCUUCUCCACCUGCACUCCACACUUGACUGUUGUCUCAUUAUUUCUUUCAACUGCUGUAUUCUCAUACUUUAGACCACAGGCCUUGUCCUCAACUUCUGUAGAUUUGUUGUCUACAGUCUUGUACACUGUUCUGCCACCAGUAACGAAUCCUAUAAUUUAUAGCCUGAGAAAUAAAGAUAUACAUCAGGCUGCCUGGAAGAUGUCAAGUAAAUUGUUUCGAUUUCACAGAGUUGUCUCAUAUACCUUUGUCAAAAAUUGUAAAGGUUUUCAGUAA